CUUUUUCUGUAAAUUAACUCACACAUUAUUCGGUGUUAAUCACCUCACCGUCCAUUUACCUUCCUCAUCCUCGUCAGAGAACAGAGAAUCUUUUUCCUCUCGCUCCGGUUGUACCUCAAUUUGUGUAUCAGCCUCAACUUUUCCUCCUUUUUCGUCCAUUUUGCAAAAUGUUUGAUCGAUAACUUUUGUUUGAUAGCUUUACGCAAACGCGAUUUAUAGACACAUGCAACUUUUGUCAAACAUAAUGGCAAUUGGUGUUGUUAAACUGUCACAGCGAGAGAGGUACAUAUGCGCGCUGGCGUUUGUCGCUCUAACUAGUCUCCAGACUUUGCUAGGUCUAAUAGCAACCUGGUGGUCCAGCUACAUCUGCGUACGAAUAUCGCCAACGUUGUACUCGGAAAAAAUCGAAGUAAAUUUUGUGUUCGCGAUCAUUGCCAUUUUCGGUACCCAUAUCAUCUUUCACGGACUAUUUGGCCUUAAGAUUUGUUACAAAUGCUACAAGCAAUCGCUCAAGAAAAGUACAAGGCGCUUUGUAUUCCUCUGGUCACUUGUGGGAUGCAACGUUCUGGUUAACGUGUUAAUUGUGGCAAGUAUGGGGAGAAGAAUAUCACGACAUAUAAUACACGUGGUAACCCGCGCCUUGGAGUACGGGAUGAUGCAGUACCUCAAAGACUCUUUCUGGAAACGCACCAUUGACGAACUUCAAGUGAAAAUGCAAUGCUGCGGUGUUUACGACUACAAGGAUUGGUACCAACUCUCCUGGAUCGAAGAACAACAAAUUCACCUGGAGCAUCAAUUGGUCAAGGAAUUACGACUGUCACCCUCCAAGAUUUUGCUUCCCGUCGUACCGUGGAGCUGCUGUAAUAUUGAAUACCCACUGCAGUGUUUCCACGAUCCUUUCCAACAAAUGGAAUCUUCGUACCUGUGGAAAGAAGAACCGACAAUCGUCGAAAACUCGCUGUAUACAAAGGGCUGUCUGACGACGCUUACCAAACCCAUAGAGGAGGGCAUCACUGGGUUCAUUACCAUAACCGUCCUGAUAUUCAUUUUAAUGAUCGCCACGAUCCUCCUAUCCAGAAUAGUCUACACAUCCUGUCGGAACGCCGAACUUCUACACCGCCCGACCGGAAUUGCGCCCGGUUGGAUCUUCGGUAGGGGCGAUUUCGGAUGGAACAGAGGACCAACCCUAGAUGACAUGAUGGAGGGCGUGAACGUAGAGAACUCGUCUGUCAGCAAGUCAAGGGACGGUAGUAAAUCUUCCGCGAAAAGAUCCUACCUUUCAAAAAUGGACAAAUUUUCGGAUUUCUCCAAAAUGUUUAACAAGCAACAGAUCAAUAAGAUACGAGGAAAAAAGAAGCGUAACCAGAAACCGAAGAGUGACGAAGAACGACCUGUAUCAAGUGGUACAGAGGAAGCCUUACUGUUAUGACAUUUUUGAAAUUAACAAUUUGUACAAUAGCCUCAAAAAUGUUAAUUAUUAGUCGUAUAGUGAGUACAUAUAUUGUAGGAAGAAAGUUUCCUUUUUCCCAACUUGCAACUGUUCCCACAUAAUCGGCCCGAUUCAACAUUGCAAAACCAUUACCAAAAAUAAGCUAUAACUGAAUGUUAAGAAUAAAAGAUAAACACGAGGAUAAACGUGGCUAUAAACAUGGUAAAUUGCAAAUCUCUUCGCUGUGCGUGUUUUUAUUUUAAAUUACUACGUGCUCAGCAUCCGCCGUACCUUUACAGUAAAAUUAGCUUAAGAACAGACGUAGACCAUAGUACUUGAGCGCUUUUUGGGGUUAGGUAACAUUAAUAAACAUUGAUAUUUUUUCUACAAUAAAGUUAAAACGACCAGUGCAAUCGAAAUAAAAUACGUGUAGUCUGGGCGAAGUAUACAAAAAUAUAAAAAAAACCUAAAAAAACAUUCCGUUUCGUGGUUGUAUUUCAA